GCAGCGGCACCACACAACACUGCAAGAAGCAACCACAGACAACAAUGUCUUCUUCUUCUUCUUUCUCUUUUCUGUUCCCUCAAACUCAAUCCACAGUUCUUCCAGACCCUUCAACCUACUUCUCCUCAAACCUUCUUUCAUCUCCACUUCCCACAAACUCUUUCUUCCAAAACUAUGUUAUACCAAACGGAUCACAGCCUGAGUACAUUCACCCUUACCUCAUCCAAACUUCAAACUCCUCUCUAUCAGCCUCAUACCCUUUUCUCCUCUUCACCACAGCACUCUUGUACCAAGCUUUUGUGCCAGAUCUCACCAUCUCUUCCACUCAAACACUUUCAACUCCACAAAACCGUGUAAUCUCAUCAUUCAGUGACCUUGGUAUCACUUUGGACAUUCCCUCCUCCAACCUCAGGUUCUUUCUCUCAAGAGGAAGCCCUUUUAUAACUGCUUCCGUCACAUCUUCAACAUCUCUUUCUAUCACAACAGUGCAUACCAUACUCUCUCUGUCUCCCAACAAUGACAAAAACACCAAGUACACCCUUAAGCUUAACAACACUCAGACAUGGCUCAUAUACGCCUCCUCCCCAAUCUAUUUCAACCAUGAUGGUGCUUCUCAGGUUACCUCAAAGCCAUUUUCUGGCAUCAUUCGUUUAGCAGUGUUGCCUGAUCCUAACUAUGCGACAAUUCUUGACAAGUUCAGCUCUUGUUACCCUUUGUCGGGUCAUGCAACACUGCAGGAGCCUUUCCGUUUGGUGUAUCAAUGGAAAAAGGCAGGUUCUGGGGAUUUGCUCAUGCUGGCUCACCCUCUUCAUGUUAAACUUUUAUCAAGUAAAAAUAACGGGCAAAUUACUGUGCUGAGUGAUUUUAAGUAUAGAAGCAUUGAUGGUGAUCUUGUUGGUGUUGUUGGAGAUUCAUGGGUUCUGGAAACGGAUGGUAUUCCAGUGAAAUGGUAUUCUAACAAAGGAGUGGAAAAAGAUUCAUAUGAUGAGAUUGUGUCGGCGCUUGUUAAGGAUGUGCAGAAGCUUAAUUCUUCAGCAAUAGGAACAAAUUCAUCUUAUUUUUAUGGAAAGCGAGUUGGAAGGGCUGCAAGGUUGGCAUUGAUAGCGGAAGAAGUGUCUUUUUCGAAGGUUGUUCCCACCAUUAAGGAUUUUCUUAAAGAGGCCAUCGAGCCUUGGUUAGAUGGAACUUUCGUAGGGAAUGGUUUUCUGUAUGAAAACAAAUGGAGUGGACUUGUAACCAAACUAGGGUCAACGGAUUCAACCGCUGAUUUUGGGUUUGGAGUUUACAAUGAUCACCAUUACCAUUUGGGGUAUUUUUUAUAUGGAAUUGCGGUUCUUGCAAAGAUUGAUCCCGAGUGGGGACAAAAAUACAAGCCACAAGUUUAUUCACUUGUGACAGAUUUUAUGAACUUGGGUCCAAGGUAUAGCAGAAUUUAUCCACGUCUAAGGUGUUUUGACCUCUAUAUGUUACAUUCUUGGGCGGCAGGAGUGACCGAAUUUGAAGAUGGUAGGAACCAAGAAAGCACGAGUGAAGCUGUGAAUGCAUACUAUUCAGCAGCGUUGGUGGGUCUGGCAUAUGGUGACUCAAAUCUUGUUGCCACUGGGUCAACGUUAGUGGCGUUGGAAAUUCUAGCUGCACAAACUUGGUGGCAUGUUAAAGUGGAAGACAACUUGUACGAAGAAGAAUUUGCAAAAGACAAUAGGAUAGUGGGAAUUUUGUGGGCUAAUAAGAGGGAUAGUAAGUUAUGGUGGGCCAGUGCUGAAUGUAGAGAAUGCAGACUUGGAAUCCAAGUGCUACCCUUGUUGCCUAUCACCGAGACAUUGUUCUCUGAUGCUGCUUAUGUGAAGGAGCUUGUGGAAUGGACAUUUCCAUCUUUAAGUAGUCAAAGUUGGAAGGGAAUGACCUAUGCCUUGCAGGGAAUUUAUGAUAAGCAAGCAGCAUUGAAGAACAUUAGAACGUUGACAGGUUUUGAUGAUGGAAACUCUUACAGUAAUCUCUUGUGGUGGAUUCACAGCAGAUGAGGGAUGAUUGGACACAAGUUAAAUUUCUGGACUAUUUAUGAUGUUUCAAUUUGACUAUUUAUCAAUGUUUUCAUUUGUAGUAAUUUCUGAAAUUAUGUAUCUCUGCGAUUUUUCAAGAAUGUAAUAAAAUUUGCAGUUUACAGUGGUAUUCUAGAGCUGUAAAAGUUCAGAUUCAU